AUGGCCCCAGGCGUAGGCGACGCCGAUGAAGGGGAGUUUGCUCACUCCCAGAACGACGAGAUGCGGAUGUGCGGGUUAGCCGGGGAUGAUGAGGAGGAUAAUGUCCGCGAGGACUGCGCCGAGCUAUUUGGGCGGUCUGCUGUUGAUCCCCUUCCCUGUGACCAAGAUGCGGUCCCGGUCCACGGGGAAGGGGCCAAUCCCGAUGCCGACGGUGGCGACAGUGAGUGCUCCGGCGUCAGGCAAAUCCACGGCAUGGUUUUGGACGUUGGGUUGUCUCAGUCAGAGGAAGGACCUCAUCACCCAGGAUUGAGCCCUGGGCCGGGACACACUGCUUCUGUUUGGAACGCAGCACAGCUUGGUUAUACAGUUUCUGACUACUCUGCUUUGGCUAGGCAACCCUCAGUUUUGCUUCCUCCUCCGUUCACCAUCACCAUGGCUCAGAUCGAUCUGAUGGAGGUGGCAGAGGCGACCUCUGUGGAGUCCGCGAUUCUAUGGCAGGUGCAAACUAUCCUCGAAGCUCUUCUACCCACCGGCGAGCUCGACGCUUGGCUUCAUGGAGUCGGCCUCGCCGGUGCCAUCGGGGAACUCAAGUCUGAGGUGGAGAGGAUGAAGACGGUGAUUAAUGGUGUCAAGGUGAGGGCGGUCGGGAACAAGCCGCUUGCCGCUCCCUCGCUCGUGUCAAGGAGCUCAUCUGCUAUCGUGCAUGAAGGCAUGGUUGGAGAUGGAGCAGAGCAAGUAGAUGCAUCGGCCAAUACUGUUGUUAUGCUUGCUCCUGCUAUUGAGCCAGAAGGCAUGGUUGGAGAUGGAGAUAAUAGAGAUGGAGCAGAGCACGUAGCUGCAUCGGCCAGUACUGCUGGUGUACCGAACAAUAACGCCCGCAAAAAUCGAUGCAAGGAGCGGGACUAUUUCAACAUUACACCGUCUGUUAAUGGAGAGCCUGCGAGAGCCAAGUGCAUUGACUGUGGCACACAGGUUGCUUUUAGUUACGGGACGUCAGUUUUGCGCAAACAUCGUAACAGUGCCAGUUGCAAGAAAAAACGCGCAACAAUUGAAGAGGCGCCGAACUGUCCAAGUUUUGGUGAUCGUGUGCAAAGUGCUGCCAUAAUUUCGGCUAAUGCUUCUGAGGGUAGAAAAAGGAUGAGAACUGAGGGCAAUGUAGCUACUACCACACACCCCUGGGACAAGACCAAAUUUUUGGAAAGGAUACACAAAAUAGCUCUUGACUUAGGAAGUAUCCGAGGCUCUCGUCCUCGAAAGUUGUAUGGAAGGGACACAGAGAAAGACUUUAUCAUGAGGGUGAUCGAAGCUGCUAAGUCAGACAUCAUAACUGUACUACCAAUUGUGGGCAUUGUAGGAGUCGGGAAGACGGCUUUAGCUAAACUUGUAUACAAUGAUCGACAUGUUAAACACCAAUUCGAGCGGAUAUGGGUUUGGGUGUCCAACAUCUUUGACGAAGUAAGAGUGAUAAUGGAGAUCUUAGACGUUAUUACCCUAAACGGCCAUGAAGGAUCUCCUCGCACCAGAGAAAGCUAUGAAGGAGUAAGUAACUAUACAAAGCUUCCAGAGGUCUUAAAGAAUCAUAUGGCCUAUCAGCCCAAAAAGUUUCUGCUUGUUCUAGAUGAUGUCAAUGACAGAAUGGAUGAUUCCCGAUGGAAAGAUCUGUUGGAUGCUUUGGUUGCACAAAGGCAGCGUUUCUUGUUUUCUUCUAUAUUUCCAAAUGGCUAUUUGUUCCAUAUUGACGAUUUGGUUUACAUGUGGAUAUCGUCGGGAUUUGUGAAAUCUAUUGAGCAUGUUGAAACAAAAGACUCCAUUCUACACCAUCAAAAGUACUAUGUUAUGUGUGGUAUUAUGCAUGAAUUUGCAAGACUGGUUUCAAGGGCUGAGUUUGCAACUAUGGAUGGUUUAGAGUGCAAAGACGUUUUGUCAACCAUACGCCAUUUUUCAAUCCUAAUUGAUUCCGUGUACCAUGAAGAUGAAUGUGGGAUCAUACUUCGUAAUGGGAAGUUCGAAGAAAAAUUGAAGAGUAUAAGUUCUUUAGUGAGAGGAUUGAGGACAUUGAUCUUAAUUGGGGAUUAUGACUCUUUAUUCUUCCUGUCCUUCCAAACCUUCAUCUGUAGUUUGGUAAAUUGUGCCCAUCUUUGCUACCUAAAACUUGAGAACAAAUGGAGCAAUGAAGCUUUGCCUAUAUCUCUGAGCAAUCUUUACCAUCUUAAAGUAUUAGAUGCUAGACGACCAGUUAUUAUUGAUGGUAUGAGUGAUCAUGUUAGCAUAAGGAAACUUGUUCUAACGAAGGGAGCAUGCUGUGCUUGCUCCCCAUCAUGGUCUGCUUGCUUGCAGACGAUCCGUCUAGAGGAUUGUAAAGGAUGGGAAAUUCUCCCAUCUCUGGAAAGGCUAUCAUUUCUUACAAAGUUGAAGCUAAGGAAUAUGCUCAGAGUAACAGAAUUGUUAAUUCCUUCGUUGAAGGAGCUGGUCUUGAUUGAUAUGCCAAAGUUGGAAAGAUGUUUUCCCAAUUCAGUGAGGGACCUGAACUCAAGUUUGAGGGUACUGGAGAUCAGGAGAUGCUGGGUACUAAAGGCCUUUCCCCUCUUUGAGAGCUGUGAAAAUUUUGAAAUCGAGAAGUCAUGGUUGCCCAAUGUUAGCGAGCUCACCAUCCAUGGGUGUCUUCAUUUAAUGGUAACAGGGCUAUCGAUACAAGGAAAAGAGAAUAGUUUAUCAAAUCUCACCUCAGCUCCACGUGCCUUGUCACAGAGAAAUUCAUAUCGAGAUGGCGCAUCGACUAGGCGAUGUCCUAGCAAACUCUUGUGCAUUCCAUCUAAUAUUAUCCCCUCUCUCAAGAAGAUAGAAAUUAUAUAUUGCCAUCUAACAACAUUUCAGGGGAACAAGGAAGACAUCUCUAGAUUCAUCUCCCUUGAGGAGCUAAGAAUUGUUGGAUGCGACGAGCUGAUAUCGUCUUUGGUGCAUGAAGAUGAGAUUGAUGACCAAGCAAACGGAAGAUGGCUUCUCCCGUGUUCACUUGGUGUACUGGAUAUCAGAGAUGCUUCCCUGGGAACGCUGCAGCCCUGCUUCCCGGGAGAUCUGACCCAGUCUCACAGUACUAAAAGUGUGGGAUAUCUUUGCAUUGAAAUUUCUACAGCUGCAUUCCUGCACAGCCCUGCUAGGAAUGAGGAAUUAGCAUUCGUAUUCGAAUUAAUGUCCGUGCGUUGCAACCAAAAUAACAAUCUCAUAUUCCAAACUUUUCCCACAUGUGUAAAAUUAUAA